CGCUCAUUCCCAUUCCAUCUCUCCUCGUUUCGCCGGUCUGAGCAACUCUCUUGAGGAGCCUUCUCCUUCCUCCAUGGCGUCAGACCCAAAGAGCGUCGCGGUCAGCGACGACGUGAACGCUAUCGUCGAGGAGGGCAAGGAGUCCAAGCUGGCCCCGGUCCCUUCUAUCCAGGACAAAGAGAAGGUCGGUGCCGUCGUCAUCACGCCCGACGGCGGGAGCCCGACCGAGGAGGAGCUGCAUACUCUGCGGCGGGUGCCUGACAAGAUCCCCUGGAACAUUUACACCAUCGCAUUCAUCGAGCUGUGCGAGCGCUUCUCGUACUACGGCACUACCGCCGUGUUUACCAACUUCAUCCAGCAGAAGCGGCCCGAGGGCUCGUCGACCGGUGCUAGCUACGACAUCGAACAUGGCCAGGCCGGCGCCCUCGGUCGCGGCCAGCGGACCGCGUUUGCCCUGACCACCUUCAACUCGUUCUGGCAGUACACCAUGCCCCUGUUUGGCGCCUACGUCGCCGACAGCUUCCUCGGCCGCUACCGAACCAUCGGCUUCGCGCUCCUGGUGGACAUCUUGGGUCACAUCAUCCUCAUCAUCUCGGGCCUUCCCCCCGUCAUCAAGAACCCCAACGGCGCCCUUGGCGCUUUCAUCAUCGGUCUCGUCCUGAUGGGCGUCGGCACCGGCGGCUUCAAGCCCAACGUCAACCCCCUCAUUGUCGAACAGCUCGACCUCGAGCGGAUGGUCGUCAAGACGCUCAAGAGCGGCGAGCGCGUCAUUGUCGAUCCCGCGACCACGGCGUCGCGCGUCUACCACUACUUUUAUUUCUUCAUCAACAUCGGCGCCCUGUGCGGCCAGCUCUCCAUGGUCUACUGCGAGCAUUACGUCGGCUUCUGGCUCUCGUACACGCUCCCCACCGUCCUCCUGUGUCUCUGCCCGCUCGUCCUGCUGUGGGGUCGCCGCCGCUACAAGCGCGUUCCCCCGCAGGGCUCCGUCCUCGGCCGGGCCUUCAGGCUGUUCUUCCUCGCCAACAAGGGCCGCUGGUCCAUCAACCCGGUCAAGACGUACCGGCAGCUGCACGACGGCACCUUCUGGGAGAGCGUCAAGCCGUCCAGGUUCGACCCCGCCACGAGGCCCAAGUGGAUGGACUUCAACGACGCAUGGGUGGACGAGGUCCGCCGUGGCUUCAAUGCCUGCGGCGUCUUCUUGUGGUAUCCUCUCUUCUGGCUGUGCUACAAUCAGAUCAACAACAACUUGGUCUCGCAAGCGGCCACUAUGAAGGUGGGCGGCGUCCCCAACGACGUGUUGACCAAUCUCAACCCCUUCGCCCUCAUCAUCCUGAUCCCGAUCCUGGACGUGUUCAUCUACCCGGCCCUGCGGAGGAUACGCAUCAACCCGACUCCGCUCCGGCGCAUCGCCGUCGGCUACUUCGUGGCCGCGUCGGCCAUGAUCUGGGCCUGCGUCAUCCAGUACUACAUCUACAAGAAGAGCGAGUGCGGCAAGUACGCCAACGGCAAGUUCCCCGACGGGACCGAGCGCGAGUGCGCCGACGUCGACAUCAGCAUGUGGGCGCAGACGGGCUCGUACGUGCUCAUCGCCUUCUCCGAGAUCAUGGCGUCCAUCACGAGCCUCGAGUACGCGCACUCCAAGGCGCCCGCCAACAUGCGCUCCAUGGUCCAGGCCGUCGCCCUCUUCAUGAACGCCAUCUCGUCCGCCAUCGGCUUCGCCCUCGUCUCGCUCGCCGACGACCCCCUGCUGGUGUGGAACUACGCCGUCGUCGCCAUCCUCGCCGCCAUCGGCGGCACCAUGUUCUGGCUGCAGUUCCGCCACCUCGACAAGCAGGAGGACGAGCUCAACAUGCUGCCCAAGGGCGAGGUGGGCAGUGCCGUGGCCGUGGCCAAGUUCGAGGAAGACGAGAAGUCAGAGGCGAAGGUCUGAUCUCAGACUUCCAUCUGUGGUCCGAGAUUUUGUUGUUCUCUCUCUCUCUCUCCCUCUCUCUUUUUUGUCCUGGGCUGCGUAUGAAGAAGGUGUGGAAUUUGGAACGGAGUGUUUGAACCAUGCUGCAGCCUUGGAUAUCAUGUCUUGUCUUAGUGUUGCAGUCGAGUAGCGGUGGUUAUUCUUGUUUUUUUUUUUUCUCAUUAGUGAUACCAACUUAUCGUUUGUCGCCCAGAGGCAAAUGGCGAAUCUUGAUGAAUGAGAGGAAGUAGAGACCAAACGGUUUUGGCCGGAAACUAGGUUCUUGCUACA